CAGCAUUCCUGGCUCACGAGUCUGCGGUCAAAGAGUCCCGAGGAGAUUUAAUUGCCAUGAUCGAGAUGGUGGGCACGACCGGCUCCAUAUCCAUCAACGCCGGGAUCCUCCGCACCAACCUGACCGGCACAUGUGGCCCUGUCAUUGUCUCCAUACAUGACUUCCCUGUGGUGUAUGGAGCCUCGUGGGACCCAUGUACUGAGGAGCUCAUUGGUCAGACUCUUUACAAUGUCACCAUAAAUGAAGUAGGACAAGCGGUGGUUGACAGUAAAAUGAGAUAUGACGGGCGGUCGCUGGUUCUCCAGACCUGUGGCCAUAGGACAUGUGCAAAUUUGCAAGACAGUUCUCAGCGGGUGUGGCAGGCCAAGUUCCAAUCCUUCAUCAUCGGGCAGGCGUACUUUGUGCAGUCACUGCUUCAGAACCUGCUCCUCAGUGUUCUGGACCUGGCCAUACUGGGAGAACUUCCGACAUCCAGCGCCUCCCUGCUGCUCUCCAGCUCCUGUCGCCUCGAUGAUGCUCACCAGUUCGGCAGCAUUGAACUUGGAAGCAGCCACAAGUUGGUCAAGAGUCGGGUUGAGUUGAGCAAUGUCACUAUAAGGGAAUAUCUUCUGGUAAAGUACAAUGAGAGGUGGGUGUGUGCGGAGCUGAAGACCAUAACUCCUAGAGAGGCAGCUGCAGCAAUCAGCAUGCGCAGAGUCAGUGGAAGGUUUACAUUCAGACAAGAGUCUCCCUUUCACCCAACUCGAAUGACUAUUAACCUAUGGCAGCUUCGAGGGCGUGCAGGCCACUAUGGAAUUCACUCUCUGCCCAUUCUUCCACGACAGGAGUCCGGGCAGGACGUGUGCACUGCAGCAAACACAGGGAAGCAGUGGGAUCCCAUAGAUGUCAGCAGUCAUUCUACAACUAUUUGGAGUGGUCACAGCUCUUGGCCGGCAGGUGACCUGAGUGGACGUCAUGGCACACUUCAUGGUUUGGAGAACUUUACAGCCAUGCUGAUUGACUGGAACUUACCAAUGUUUGGCAAUAAUAGCAUUGUUGGCCGCUCUGUAGUCAUAUAUGAGAGCGGCGGAUCGGCAUGGGUCUGCAGCACUAUAUGCCUGGAAGGAGAUGCCAUCAGAGCUACUGCAGUCUUCCGGAAAGGGGUGGUUGGUAGAAUCAUGUUCUGGCAGGCACAAAACGAUCCAUACAGUGACCUGACCAUAUACGUGGAGCUGAGCCAUGGUUCAGGUAGUGCUAGUAGGGGUCACAACUGGCACAUUCAUAGAGUUCCCCUCCAAGAUUCAGAGAGCUGCACCAAAGCUGGAGGACACUACAACCCGUUUAAUGUGCCUGUCAAUGGCAAUUAUAGUGAUGAGUGCAGGUCAACGCGUCCUCUGUGGUGUGAGGCUGGAGACUAUGCCUCCAAACACCAUCCUAUCGCCUUCACACCUAGCCCUACCAGAUAUCUCAUUACUGAUACUUCCACAUCACUCACUGGGCCAUAUUCUAUCAUCGGCCGCUCGUUGGUCAUCCAUGGAGAAGAUGGCGCCUCCACACGGGUGGCCUGUACCAACAUCCUCCUUCAUCACAGCACAGAAGGAAGGACCACUUCUUGGUUUGGUUUUGGCAAUGCUUAUGGGAUGUUGCUCGCCUCACAGGCAACUGACCUGGACCCAACAUUGGUUCACUUCACUAUCCAUGGACUGGGGGGCCAUGCAGGGGGGUUACACAUCCAUGUUCUUCCGGUGAGUGAAACAUCAGACAAUGCCUGCUCAAACAUUCAGAUUAAAGGUCACUUUAACCCUUUCAGCAUUGAGGCCUCCACAUCUCCAGCAGCAGGAAGCGGCACAGAUGACAACUAUGAGGUGGGGGACAUCAGUGGUCGCCAGGGGUCUUUACUCAACCAAGACAAUGUGACCAAGCAAUACACGGACAUGAACUUUCUAUUGUCUGGGACACAUGGAGUCCUCGGUCGAUCACUGGUGAUUCACUAUGCCAACGGCUCAAGAAUGCAGUGCGCCAGUUUCCUGCAGGAUUUGCCCGCAGAUGCAGAAUGGGUUCGAGCUUCUGCAGAGUUCUCUGGAAACAUCAGUGGGAGAAUCUUGCUGAGUCAGAUCGUGUACCCAGAUGGUGGGUGUGGUGACACAACCAUGUUGGUGGAUCUUCACUCAUCCUCCUCAGCCCCGGGAAAGACUAUUGAAUGGCACAUCCGGACAGAGGAGCGUGGAGAAACCUACAAUCCAUAUGACAUUUCUGGGCAGACAGGAGGCUGGUGCACAAUGCAGAGUCCGCAGCUCUGUAGAGUCGGGGACCUGAAGGGGAAGCAUGGACUGCUGGUUCCAGGAAACAAGGUGUUGGUGACAGACCCCAACCUGCCCCUGGCCGGAGAUGUCACAGUAAUAGGAAGGAGCCUGACGGUCACAUUGGACUCCCUGGAGCUGUCGUCUCCCAUCCUUCCUGACGUCCCCAUCACAUCUCUGUAUUUGCAGCGGAUGACAUCAUUUAAUAGAUCAGCCUUCCGUGAAGCCUUGUCUCUGAUCCUGAACGUCACCCCCUGGAAAGUUACAUUUUUACCUGACAGUAAGGACAGCGUUACAGUGUGUCAGCGCGUGGGCUUCUUCAUCAUAGGGUUCAAUGACACAGGAGCCCUGUCCUCAAUACACACCCAAGAAUCACUGGGGCCGCCAUGCCCAUCUCCGUCAGGGUCAUUGGCAUCCAGCGCUGGUAGGGACCUGAGAACAAUGGGGGCCAUCCUGAUUAUGGAGUCUCUGCUCCUCCUCCUGUGGUGACCCCUGCCCAUCUCCUGUUAUCUGCUCCUUGUGGUUUAUGAUGCUGGUCUAGAUCCUCGCCCCUCAAUGAUUCACCCAACUCACUAAUCAUCACUGAUCUCAGAAUUUGAGGUCACCUGCCACUAUUCUUCUUCAUCAUGGAUGGCCCUGUGUCUCUCAUACCUGGAUGCAAUGUGGAGAUGCUCUCGCCUCUUCAGUAUGUAGACUUGAUCUUCAGGAUGUAGACUUGAUCUGUGCUCUGUAGCAUAUAAAUAGGUCAUGUACUCCACUAUGCUCUGCAGGAUAUACAGUAGAUCUGCUCUGUUCUUUGUGUAACGCCCCAGAGGUGCAUUACCACUUCUGCACCUUGCUACUGUCUCCUAUGGUUAACCUAAUGUCAUCCUAUGUAUUCAUUUCUAGGUCCUGCAAAAUGUGUAUUCCUAUAUCUUGUUAUGUAACUGUUCAAGUGUAAUAUGCCUGGUUCACCAGCAGAUGGCGGCAACAACGGCAGAGCAAUUUUACCUAGAAUGGAACCCUUCUUUCCACUCUAGCUCUCUCUAAGAGAUGGAGGAGUUUAGUCUGGAGUCAGAAUAGAGUACCCCCUGCUAGUGGAAGGCAGCAGGAGCCCGUCCCUGUUGGACGAGCCCUGCCUAGGCCAGCUUGAGCACCCUCAGCUCAGCUGGAUCUGGAGGCCGCAGCCAAGAGCCCCAGCGACCAGGAGUAAAGUUCCCUGGACAAAGCUAGAGACAGACCACAUCACAGAAAGUGAAGUACAGCCUAAAGCAGAAGCUGAGUUCUAUACCCAGCCUGUUAGCACAGUAGAGCCGGAGAGCAACAGAUGUAGCAGAGAAGAGUUUUCCUGUCACCGUUUUAAUGCCAAAAUCUGCUUGGAACCAAGACAAAGCCUGUAAUAGUUUUUUGGGAGAAAAGUUUAUUCAAGUAAAGUUGCUGUUCAACUAUAUAAAA